AACUAAUGUCGAUUGUCGCCGCCAUUGAGUUUCGUGUAGCCGAUUAUCGAAAUUGGUGUUCCUACCAUUUUAAUCGGCAAAUAUCAGAAAGAUCUUAAUUCAUUAAGUAUUAUUUGUUAAAUAAAAUCCGUGCACAAUAAUUAUAUCCGAUGGCAGACAGAGACACAGAUGAGUUAAACAUCGAUAAUGUAAUAAAAAAAUUAUUAAAAGUACGAGGCGAAAAGCCUGGUAUGAAUGUACAGUUGACAGAAAUCGAAAUCAAAGGGCUCUGUUUAAAAUCAAGAGAAAUCUUUCUUUCCCAGCCUAUUUUGCUCGAACUUGAAGCACCGUUAAAAAUAUGCGGUGACAUUCACGGACAAUAUUAUGACUUAUUAAGGUUAUUUGAGUAUGGAGGCUUCCCACCAGAAUCCAAUUACCUGUUCCUGGGAGAUUAUGUAGAUCGUGGGAAGCAGUCACUAGAGACAAUAUGCCUGCUUCUGGCGUACAAGAUCAAAUACCCCGAAAACUUCUUCCUUUUAAGAGGCAACCAUGAGUGCGCUAGCAUUAACAGAAUUUAUGGGUUCUAUGAUGAAUGUAAAAGGAGGUACAACAUUAAGUUAUGGAAAACAUUCACAGACUGCUUCAACUGCUUACCCGUAGCAGCCAUUGUGGACGAGAAGAUCUUCUGCUGCCACGGCGGUCUGUCGCCGGACCUGCAGGCUAUGGAGCAGAUCCGUCGCAUCAUGCGGCCGACCGACGUGCCCGACCAGGGGCUGCUGUGCGACCUGCUGUGGUCCGACCCCGACAAGGACACCGUAGGAUGGGGCGAAAACGACCGCGGUGUUAGCUUCACUUUCGGCACUGAGGUGGUGGGCAAGUUCCUGUCGAAGCACGAGUUCGACCUGAUCUGCCGCGCUCACCAGGUCGUGGAGGACGGAUACGAGUUCUUCGCCAAGCGGCAGCUCGUCACGCUGUUCUCCGCGCCCAACUACUGCGGCGAGUUCGACAACGCCGGCGCCCUUAUGUCCGUAGACGAGACCCUCAUGUGCUCGUUCCAAAUACUCAAGCCGGCGGACAAGCGCAAGCUCUACUCCGGCCUCAACAUGGGCCGCCCCAACACGCCGCCCCGCGCCCAACCCAAGAACAAGAAGAACUAACGGCGAGGCGGCGGCGGGGCGUGUCGCCCGCGGUCCCUCCCCCGGCGGUACUGCGGCGCUGCGGUCGCUCGAUCACACCGGUCAAAAUGUGCUUUCAGGUCAAUAUUCACAUUGUAUUCAAGGCUCGUUUCACGUUGGCAGUUCUAAGGCGAGAUUUGCAGUUGCAAUGCAGUUGAGUCUCGUUUUUGCUGCUCCAGCUGUAUUUAAACUGCAAGUUGUAGUCAAAGUAAAUUUAUUAUAAAACUUGUUUUACUCUGAAAAGACACGUUUCAUGUAGUGCAACACAAUGCACUGUCUAUGCGAAUAAAGCCUAAAGCGUCAAACAGCCUAAAACAACGCGUCCUAAUUCGUAUUAUACGUUGUUGGUAGCUUUCGUUCCGAUAUCGAGAAGAAUUAAAGACUCGUAUAAUUGCUGGGCGCAUUUAUACUGUCCCGAUAUCGGAAAGGAAUACUACUGUACUCGAAGUUUUACUUUACGUAAGAUCUCAAAACAAAUUCUGACCGAGUUUGAUCGUAUCUCCAACACCGCGGCGUAUGAAAAUUGAUCCAUAAUUCGAAGUCGCUAUAAGCCAUAAAAGAAAAAUUGUUUUGUUAAGAGACCUACUCCAGCGUUCUGUUCGGUCGAAACCGCCUUGGGUUUUGCCUUUCAAUUUUUUUACGUAGUGUUAUAAUGCCUAAUCGAGUGUAACCGCCGCUCUCUUAAAAGCAGAAUUAACUUAAUUGACGGUUUUGGAUGUUAUAAUUGAAAAAGCUGAAUAUAAAAUUAAAACUGAUCUACUCUACAAGAGCGGACGAGUAUAAAAACAUUUAUGGUAUUGAUUUGCAAAGCAAAUCAUUUAAACUGCCCAAUGUUAAGUUUGCCUAAACGAAAAAAAAGAGAUUAAGGUCUCAAAGAAAUGCUAAUCACAAUAAUUGAAAUUGUUGAAGAACGCUCAGAUUCAAACAUGACAUCCAGCCGUUACAAAUUGUAAGUUUAAUAAAUUAGCUAGAUUCCUGUAAGAAAUGAAUGUGUGUGAUGGUGCGAGCGCUUGUCUGCAACUUAAAUGUGAAUUCAAAAUGACCUUUUAAUGUAAAAAGGUUGCAUCGAACGCAUUAUAUGUAUCUGAAUGUCGUAUAGAGUUAUAUUAAGCGUAAAUAGUGUGUCGAGCCUAGGCGACGAUUUAAAUGUGUAACAGAAUUAUUUCCGCUCCAUUAGUGGCUGGUCGCGAGGAGUUAGACGUGAAAAUGCGCUAAAAUAUAUUUCAUUUACUUUGAUUACAUCGUACCGAUACGUAGUAUGUGCGUGCGUGCAUGCGAGCGCACAGUACGCCACGCGUUGCGUAUAGUACGCACAUCACUCAAAAUGUAUGACGUGGGGCUUUGAGUGUAGGCUUGUACGAUCUCAUAACAGUAUUAUUGCAAU